AUGCCGUUCCGCGAUAGGAUUGCUCGUCGGUUCAAUGACAGUGUAAGCACCCGCAAGAACUCCAAGAAGUAUGCCAGGUUCAGAGGCCGACGGCGCUCAUGCAAUGAUUGGCAGCUAUCGCCUUCUCCUUCACCUAACCAACCAUACCUUUCUUUGACAUAUGACGACGUCCGUUCCCUCAAAAAUGACUGGUUAACUGAUAAUAACAUUGCCUUUUGGGAGGAGUUCCUGGAGCACGAAGUCCUCACCAAAUAUCCACAAGCCCACAUUGUUCUCCUCCGACCUUCGAUGACUUUUCUCUUGAUGAAAAACAAAGACACCGAGGGUGUACGAGCAGCGUUGCCUGACUUCCGAACCAUCACCCACAUCUUCCUCCCCAUCAACGACAACCGCAACGUCAGCCUUGCUGAAGGCGGUAGCCACUGGUCCUUAUUACUUGUGAGCAUCAUUGACGGUGUCGCUUUCCAUUAUGAUUCCUUGGAAGGCGCAAAUAAUGACGAGGCGUGGGAGGCGUCAAAAAGGUUGGCCAGUGUACUGGGCAAACCACUGCGGUUUCACUACCUUCCCGAAUGCCCCCAGCAAGAGAAUGGGAGCGACUGCGGGGUUUUUGUGUGUAUCAUCAUGCGCCACCUGCUUGUUAAGCGCCUUCUCGCAGUAAACGCAGGUGAGAAGAUAUCAAUGAGCAUGGCACACAAGGCUAUUGAUAGUUAUGGUGCCCGGAAGGAAAUGCUCAAGAUCAUUGAGAGUUUGCGUAAGGAAGGAGAAAGGCGGAGGUUGACCCCGAGCAGUACGCCGCCGCGAAUCGAGUAG